AUGAUUAAAGGUCAGCAUCCCGUCGUUCAAGCACUUCUUGGCACACUUCUUACCUGGGGCUUCACUGCUCUCGGUUCUGCCAUGGUAUUUGUAUUAGAUGUCGAAGAUCAAGUUACAAGUCAAAAACUCUUAGAUGGUAUGCUCGGCUUUGCAGGUGGUGUGAUGUUGGCUGCAUCGUACUGGUCGCUAUUGGCUCCAUCCAUUGAGAUCGCUGCAGAAUCUGAUCUAUACGGUCCAAAUGGCCGCUGGUCGUUUGUACCUGCUGCUGUUGGCUUUAUACUCGGUGCAUUAACGCUAUUUGGGACUGAAAGAGUACUCCCCUUUUUCGAAAAGUAUUUAGGUCUAUCUCCACUGUCUAUGAGUGGAAACGAUUCAGAGCUUAAGAAAAAGAAGAAAGAUGACGAUUAUAACGACAAGAAGGAAGUGAAAAGCUUUGAAAAGCCUUUAUUACAACAUCUCAGCAGUUUUCGUCGAGUUUUGCUGUUGGUAAUUGCCAUUACGCUACAUAAUUUACCAGAAGGAAUGGCAGUGGGAGUCGGAUUUGGCAGUAUUGGCCAUAGUACUAGCGCGACUUAUGUCAAUGCUGUGAAUUUGGCAAUUGGCAUAGGUCUACAAAAUUUCCCAGAGGGUUUAGCAGUAUCAAUGCCAUUAAAAAGAGAAGGCAUGACAGCAUUUAAAGCAUUUAUGUGGGGACAAGCGAGUGGACUUGUCGAGCCAAUUGGAGGGUUAAUAGGAGCGGGGGCAGUAUUAUAUGUCCAGCCAAUUUUGCCCUAUGCACUAUCUUUUGCUGCUGGUGCUAUGAUUUUUGUCGUAGUGGAUGAUUUAAUACCUGAGACGACCCAGAGCGGCAAUCAAAAACUAGCAACGUUUGGUACAAUUCUAGGGUUUGUCGUCAUGAUGGUCAUGGAUGUUGCUCUAGGAUAA